AUGCCUUCAUUCGCCCGAAUUCAUAAGCGCCAUGCAUAUGGCAAGGAUGCUCACACCUAUUACCCGGUCCUCAUUGUAGGCGGGGGAGAGUCAGGGGUGGCCAUGGGCUGCCGGCUCAAAGAGGUCCUGGGAACAGACCAAUUCCGAAUCUUCGAGCGUCAGUCCGGCAUUGGAGGUACCUGGUGGAUCAAUAGGUACCCCGGAGCUGCUUGUGACAUACCAGCGGUAUUCUACUCGUUUUCCUUUUCUCAGAAAAAGAACUGGUCCACAAUCCAUCCAUCUGGUCGAGAACUGGCGCAGUAUAUGGCAGAUGUCUGCGAGAGGUAUCAAAUUACGGACAAGAUCCAGUUGAAUACCGAUGUCAAGGAACUCAGGUGGAUCGAGGAAGAUGAGGAAUGGGAGGUUACGCUCUCGCACCUUGUUCCUGGUACCGGUGAUUUAGCUCAACACGAACGAGAUCGAAUCGCAGCCCAGGAAGGCUACCACAAGGUUUACGUCAAGACAGAAAUUGUGCGAGCCAAGGUAGUCGUCAGUGGUGUUGGCGGGCUGGUAGAACCUAAGGCAUGGCCGAAGGACAUCCCAGGUAUUGAGGAAUUCGAAGGCGAGAUCAUGCAUACGGCUCGCUGGAACGACCAGAUUGAUUUAACCAACAAGAAUGUCAUCAUGGUUGGUUCAGGCUGCAGCGCUGCGCAGGUAGUGCCUGAGCUAGCCAAGCCGGAGGCCAACGUUCGAUCAAUUACCCAGCUCAUGCGAACCCCUCCGUGGGUUCAGCCUGACGUGAUCCCUCCUGAAUAUCUCCCCAUGUACGAGAAAUGGGGACCCAAACUGAUGACCUACGUGCCUGGACUGUCUUCAUUUGUUCGGAGGACCUCUUUCUUCUUGAUCGAGAAGACCUUUUACGAUAUUUUCACGGACAAUGCGUGGAGCCGAAGAACGCGGCCGCGGAUAGAGAAGAAGUUUUUGGACCACAUGCGCCAAAUCGCGCCGAAGGAAUACCACGAGAUAUUGACACCGAACUACGGCAUCGGCUGUAAAAGGCGGAUCAUCGAUGGCACUUGGUAUCGCAGUCUCAAUGCCCCAAAUGUGGAGCUGACUACCGAGCCUCUGACGAGGGUUCAUGCAAAGAGCGUGACUCUUGGCCCGGGCCGUCACUAUCCCCCCAACAAGUCGGACGACGCGGUGGAGAGUAGGGAGAUUCCCGCCGAUGUUAUCAUCAUGGCCAACGGAUUCGAAACUAACCAAUGGCUGCACCCACUCAAGGUGAUUGGGCGGGAGGGCAAGGAUCUCGAAGAGGUCUGGGCGGAGCGUGGAGGCGCCCAGGCAUACCAGGGCAUUGCAAUGGAUUCUUUCCCGAAUUUCUUUAUGCUUUUCGGCCCGAAUACGGCCACAGGGCAUACCAGUGUUAUUUUCGCGACAGAGAAUGCGGUAAAUUACUCGUUGAAGUUCAUAAAGCCAAUCUUGAAUGGUCAGGUCAGCUCGUAUGAGAUCAAAGAGGAUGCUGAGCGUGAAUGGACUCGGAAAGUGCAGGAUGGGCUUCAGAAGAGUGUGUUCCGUCGUGGGGCGUGCGUUAGCUGGUACAUCACUACCGAUGGUUGGAACUCAACCACAUAUCCAUUCACUCAGAUCCACUAUUGGCUGCGUUGCACGUUCCCCGUGUGGCGGCAUUGGACUGCGAAACUCACGAGAAAGGGACGGAUAUUGCAAGGUAUCCGGAGAGCUUUCCAGGCCUCUAUUAUACUUGGCCUCAUUGCAGGCUUUGGCUUCUUGCGCCAGAAUCCUCAGCAGAAGUCUGAGUUGGUGCAGUCAUUACUGGCCGGAAAGGAAUGGCUGAUUUCAGCGGUUUUGCAAUUGAGGCGCUGA